AUGUAUAUACACGAGUAUUUUAGUCGUAAACAUACUGAGUGGAGUAUUACCGGAUUUCUAAACGAAUGUAAAGAAGAACCGUUUCGAUUCAAAGUGGAUAUAUAUCUUAAAAGUCUCGUGAAUAUUAUCAAUAGUGAUCAAGGGAGGAAGCGUGAAAAGGCACAAGCUCUCUAUGUCAAGUAUAGAAUGGAACCUAAACCCGAUCACGAAUUAGCAAGGAGGUGGGAGAAGGAGCGUUCGCAUAAACAGGUCCACCUCUAUCAACCAACUAUAAACGGGACUGUAAGUGGUCCGAUAAAUGGUGCAUAUGUGUCUGGCGGAACAGUUGGAACUGUAAACGGAACUGGAACUAUCAGCGGAGGGACUUUUGGUGUUAAAUCAUUCGCAUCAAAAAAAAGAGAUCAAGAGAACUAUCACGAGGAGUUGCAGAGAAAACAAGCAAGAAUAGACGGUGAGAAUCUUCAACCUAUCUAUAACGUUGAAAUCCCUCCUCCACGCGUUGUCACUCCUCCCCAUCCACCACGAACACCUGAACAUCAAAUAUUUUCUUCGA